AUGACAGAUAAGGCUACAUACGACUACGAGUUCCUCAGAACUUCCUUCCCAGUCCCGUCGGUCCUGCACAUCGAACUGAAUAGAGCUCCAUUGAAUGCGUUUCAUGAACCAUUUUGGCGAGAACUAGGCGCCUGCGUCGACAAAGCCAGCACAGACCCAGAUGUCCGCGCGAUCGUGUUGAGUUCUGUGCAGAGGAUCUUCACGGCUGGACUAGAUAUUAAGGCGGCAACCGAAAUCCUUUCCCCAAGCUCCUCCGAUCCGGCGGCUCGAGCCCUCCAUCUCCGCACCCACAUCCUCGACUUCCAACACGCCAUCUCCUCCCUUUCGCGCACACCCAAACCCAUCAUCGCCGCACUCCACUCCACAACCAUAGGUCUAGGAAUCGACAUCGCCUCCGCCUGCGAUAUCCGCCUCUGCUCCUCUGACUUCUCCGGCUGCGUGAAGGAGGUUGAUAUCGGACUCGCUGCAGAUAUUGGGUCGUUGCAGCGUCUUCCGUAUAUCGUUGGGUCUGAUAGUUGGGUUAGGGAGAUAUGCUUCACAGCGCGGCCGUUUGGGGCGGAGGAGGCAUUGCAGCAGGGGUUUGUUAGUAGGGUGUUUCUGGGCAAGGAGGAGUGUGUACGUGCGGCGAUCGAAUUGGCCACGAAGGUCGGGGAGAAAAGUCCAGUUGCGGUCCAGGGGACGAAACACCUCUUGAAUUGGGGGAGGGGGAAAACGGUUGAGGAGGGAUUGGAGUAUACGGCUGUUUGGAAUGCGGGGAUGUUGCAGAGUGGAGAUAUCGGAAGGGCUGUCAAGGCUACAUUGAUGAAGAACAAGGCAAUAUUCCCAAAGCUGUGA